GCUCGGCGUCCAGCGGUCGCCGCUGCGUUUGCGCGAGGGAAGCUGGUUCGCCGCUGCGGCCGCCUGGAAUUGUGGGGGUUGUGUCUGCUCCUCGGCUGCCUUGAGGGAAGCCGAAGGUCCCUAACUAUGGCUCCUCAGAGCCCAACUUCAUCUAGAAUGGCUUCUCUAAGAAUAGUGCAUGGGCUGCUGAUGGUCUCCUGCUUCACCUUCUGCCUCAGUCAUCAGAACCCGAAGGAGUUUGCACUGAUCAACCCAGAGAAGAGCAGCACCAAAGAAACAGAGAGAAAGGAAACCAAAGCAGAGGAAGAGCUGGACACUGAAGUCCUGGAGGUGUUUCACCCAACCCAUGAGUGGCAGGCUCUUCGACCAGGUCAGGCCGUCCCUGCAGGAUCCCAUGUGCGACUGAAUCUUCAGACCGGGGCGAGAGAAGUGAAACUUCAAUAUGAGGACAAGUUCCGAAAUAGUUUGAAAGGAUCAAAAAAAGGCAAAAGGCUGGACAUCAAUACAAACACCUACACAUCUCAAGACCUCAAGAGUGCACUGGCAAAGUUCAAGGAGGGAGCAGAGAUGGAGAAUUCAAAGGAAGACAAGGCAAGGCAAGCUGAAGUGACACGGCUCUUCCGCCCCAUUGAGGAACUGAAGAAGGACUUUGAUGAGUUGAAUGUUGUCAUUGAGACUGACAUGCAGAUCAUGGCACGGUUGAUCAAUAAAUUCAAUAGUUCCAGCUCCAGCCUGGAAGAGAAGAUUGCUGCGCUCUUUGAUCUUGAAUAUUAUGUCCAUCAGAUGGAUAAUGCUCAGGAUCUGCUUUCCUUCGGUGGCCUUCAGGUGGUGAUCAAUGGACUGAACAGCACAGAGCCCUUGGUAAAGGAGUAUGCUGCAUUUGUGCUGGGGGCUGCCUUUUCCAG